UUCAUAAUUAAUUGCCUUUGAAACAUUGGGAAAUGUAAUUUUGUUUCUUACAAAAAUAAGAAAACUAAAACUAAAUGUGGCAGUAGAUAUAAAAUAAUGCAAGAGCAAUCUCCUAUCUGCCAUAGUUUGACAAGUUUACGGGGUGCCUUGAGGCAGCCGGAAAGUAUUUCCGGGGCGGGCAACCGGCCACACGGCGUAUGCGUAACGAGAGAACGAAACAGAAAGUGAUGCGUAAUUUGCGGGCCCAACGAAUCAAUAAGCAACAAAACAACAAACAACAACAAAUAAUAUGCAAAAUAUCCAAAUCAACAGCAGAAUAAUCAAUUAGCAGUUGUACAAUAAUUAAGAAACAAAAAAAAACAAGAGAAAAUGUUUUAAAUUAGAGAGAAAAGUUAGCAGAACGAGAGUACAAAGCCCCAUGCAAUGGCAGCCAAAUGAAGGAGGAAUCUAAACCAAAUCAAGUAAAACUUCAACUAGCAGAAUAAGCAGACACCACUGAAAUCAGCAUAUAUAUAUACCAUAUAAUAUAUAUAUAUAUAUAGCGUUAGCUGAGCAAAAACCAUAAACCAUAGCUGCAAAACGCCAUGCACGGACACCACCACAAUCAUUCACAGAAUUCACACGAGCAGCAACAACCGGGAGCCAUCAUGAAGCUGGGAAGCUCCUCUGGCCAGCCACAUCAUCCCGCCCACAGCCAUCCACAACUCAAUCAUUCCCCGCAUUCGCAUCCGCAUCCGCAUCCACAUCCCAAUAGCCAUGUCCAGUCACAUCCGCAUCCACAUUCCCAUUCGAAUGUGCAUCCCCAGCCACAUCCACAUCCGCAUCCGCAUCCGCACCACAAGAUGUCUGCCAGAAGGGCGCGCAGUCGCAGUCGGAGUCGCAGUCCCACGCCGGAUGGCAGCCAGGAUUAUGAUGUGACCAGGAUGCGGGAGGAGGACUUUGAGCGACUGGCCGUGUAUCUGGUGCCGGAUGUGCAGGCGGAAAGGGGAUUACCCAAUCGAGCGGAUAAGACGCUGCCACGCAGUCUAACGCUCAAGUCAUCCAUGGUCUACUCAACGCCAAAUGUUAAGACUGAAGGAGUUUGGAGCAGCGGGGUCAUACCACGUGGCACUCGCUUUGGCCCAUUCGAAGGCAUUCCAACCUCAAACUAUCCCAAUGAUAAGAAUAAGGCGAGAUAUUUCUGGCGGGUGCAGGGAACACGCCACAUAACCUACGGGAAUAUUAAGAUCUUCAAGGACGAUGACUACUAUUAUCUGGAUGGUUCAGAUCGCUCGCAGUCCAACUGGAUGCGUUAUGUGGCCUCCGCUUAUAGUCUGUCCGUGAUGAACCUGGUGGCAUGCCAGCAUCAGGAGAACAUUUAUUUCUACACGACCCGCGACAUCCUGCCCAACGAGGAGCUAAUGGUUUGGUACUGCAAGGACUUUGCCAGUCGCCUUGGCUAUGACGUGGAUCCCGAGACGACCAUCUUUGGUGCCUGCAAGCAGGCUGUCGAGGCCGAGGAGGAGGUAAUGGACGAGGAGGAGGAGGAAGCGGAGCCCGAGGAGGAGGGUGAGGCGGGAGUUGAGGGUGGCAAGCGUCGCUAUUCGAUGCCUGCUCCUGAGAUACCGGCCGAGGUGGCUGUGAGUCACAUCACCUACGUGAUGGGUCUCCAUCUGCCGGUGGGAGCAGCGAAUGGUGGUCCAACAAGUGGCUCCACAUCGCCGCCACCACCAACCCCUGCCGGUGGCCAGUGCUGCCGGAGAGCAAGUCCACCCUCCCAUGUCAGCACCACUUCCUGCAAUGCCCACCAUCCGCACAUUCAGCAUGCCAGUCGUCAUGCCUCCGUGAUCAUUGGUCAGGAUCGUUCGCCUUUGACCAGCAGCAGUGACAAGGAUACGGCAGGAUCUCCACUCUCUGGUCUGGAUCACCAGCUGACGCCGCAGGACGGCAGCGUGAGAUCAGUGCGUUCGGAUGAGGGUUACCACAGCAACGAGUGCCACGAGGAUGGCCUCACGCCACCCGAGGAUUCCAGCGACAGCGAGAGUGAGCACAAUUACGUGUUGGAUUGUUCCAAGAAGGCCAUUGCACCCAAGGAGACGGUGAUUGCUCAGGCACAGAAACCAAGCAGCUCGCCACCGGCUGUGGUCAUGGCCAAUCCCAUCAUUACCACCACCACCAGCAGUAGUAUUAGCCACAAUGCAUCCACGGCCACCGCAUCCUGUGAGACGGAUAAGAACGAGUACAGGAAGUUCAAGGUGAAGAUGCCUCUGAAGUACGAGUUCAAGAACAAGAGCUGUGUGAAGCAGGAGCCCAAUCUUAAGGAAGUGGACCAGGAGAUGUCGCUGCCGCAUCACGAAGAGGAAGAGGAAACGGCCAUGAUGCACCAAGAGCCCGAUUCCAUUUGUCCCUCAACCACCACUCACUUGGGCGAUGAGCAUCUGAUGAUUAUGGAGAGGGAACGCGAGAGGGAAAGGGAACGAGAUCGGGAGCGGGAGAGGGAGCCAUCCAAUCAGCAACCCGCCUCCUCCACGGUAAUCGUUCUGGAGCACAACUCCGGAGGACAGGCCCGCACCAUUGUGCCGCUGAGUAAACCCUACUACGAGCCAGAUCCACCAGGUGAGCGCUAUGUGCGCUUUGGUCAGCCCAGUUCUAGCAUCCUGGAGACAAUCCUCACCAGCCAGCAUCGCUUGGAGGCGGCGGCGGCAGCGGCCAAUGCCUGUCGACAGGCCAAUGCAGCCACACCGCCACCCACUUCGCCCACGGAGAUGGCCUACAGCUACAAGAAGUCGCAGCGUUAUGGGAAUGCCGUGAGUCCCGACAGCAGCUCAAAUCUUGGCCAGAAUGCCGAGCAACAGCAGCAGGGAGUGGGUGUAGUGGUGGGCGGUGACCAGGAUAUGACCCGAGGCACCUUAAUCAAGGGGGAGUGCUCGCCACCGCCGCCAAGUCAUCAUCAUCAUAAUGUAAUCUUCUCGCCUUCAAGGCAUCCAGCCUAUCUGGGAGCCGGUGAGGCGGGUGGUCAUCAUUCGCCAAGUCCUGGCUAUCCUGGAUAUCCGCAUUACGGAGCUGCAGCCACCUCUACCUUCCACUCUCCUCCACACAGCUCUCACUGGCCCUUCGACCGGCAAUCGAAUGCCUCCAGUGGAGCGGGUUCUGCCUCCAAUUUGCAUUUGCUGCAGAGCAGCACACAGAUGUUGAACCAUCCACUGAUGCAACCACUAACACCACUGCAACGUCUCUCCCCGCUGAGGAUUUCGCCACCGAGCAGCCUGAGUCCCGAUGGCAACUCCUGUCCCAGGAGUGGCAGUCCACUGAGUCCCAACUCCCUGGCCUCUAGGGGCUAUCGAUCGUUGCCGUAUCCGUUGAAGAAGAAGGAUGGCAAGAUGCAUUACGAGUGCAAUGUUUGCUGCAAGACCUUUGGCCAGUUGAGCAACCUAAAGGUUCACCUGCGAACGCAUUCGGGCGAAAGACCCUUCAAGUGCAAUGUGUGCACCAAGAGUUUCACCCAACUGGCGCACCUGCAGAAGCAUCAUUUGGUGCACACCGGCGAGAAGCCGCAUCAGUGUGACAUUUGCAAGAAGCGAUUCUCGAGCACCUCCAACCUGAAGACGCAUCUCCGGCUGCACAGUGGCCAGAAGCCCUAUGCCUGUGAUCUUUGUCCCCAGAAGUUCACCCAGUUUGUGCAUCUCAAGCUCCACAAGCGGUUGCAUACGAAUGAUCGUCCUUAUGUGUGCCAGGGAUGUGACAAGAAGUAUAUCAGUGCCUCGGGAUUAAGGACACACUGGAAGACCACCAGUUGCAAGCCCAACAAUCUGGAGGAAGAGCUGGCCAUGGCAGCGGCUGCAACAUCCGAGUGUUUGGAUAAAGAUCACCCGGAACCGGAUUCACGUGAGGCCUAUGAGCAACUGCAGCAGCAUAUGCAUCCCUCUGUGCAUCCUGGCCUAAGGCAUUUGUCCUCUAACGGAGGACAGUCUCCACCCCGCCUUAUCCCAUUGGGUAACCACAUGGCAUCCCAGCAGCAGCAGCAGCAGCAACAGCAUCCCCAGCAGGGAGUGCCACCGCCACCGCACCUGUUGAUGGGUCAACAUCCGGCUCCAAUGCUUCUGACCACCGCCAGUCAGUUGCCACCGCCGUUGCCCUCACACCACCAGCAAUCCUCGCCCAGCCGUCUCCUCCAGCAUGCCCAUCCCCAUGCACUCCAGAUCCAGCAGCAACAACAGCAACAGCAGCAGCAGCAACACUCCCCCAAGGGUUUGAAAUCCCUGCCAGAAUCGUAUAUGCAUGGGCCACAUGUGCAGGCACAGGAGAGCAGACCCUCGGUCAUAGAGUCCUCCAAUCAACCCAUGAUCAUUGAGUGCACGUAGGGUAUAGAGCAUUCGUUGCAGACCAGAGGAAGUGAUGGAAUCCAAGUGCAAUAAAAAUCAAUUAGAAAUUAAGAACGGACAGACAGACAGACAAAGAGACAGAAUCCCCCAGAAGAAUGAGUAAGAAGUAAGAAGCAGCAGCAGCACAAGUAAACGUAACGGUAUUAUUA